UGUUUAAACUUAGAACUAGAAAUGUUCGAAAUAGAUACAAGCAUAGGUGCAACAUACGACGCCGAUUCUAAGGAAUGGCUGGGUCCGAAGUUCUAUGACUUCUACGAUCGCAACGCAUCUGUGGGUCGCAUACUCUUCGAGCAAAUGCGCCGUUGUCCUCACAGUAUUUGUCAAAUAUCCGAUACUGAACAGACUAGCUUAACCUACGAAGAAGCUUUGCUGCAGGCCAUUCGUGUCGCUGAAAAUUUUCGUAAGCUGAAUUUGACGCAACGUGAUAUUGUUGGUGUGGUUGCACGGAAUACCACCCACUUCAUGGCCGUAGCCUUGGCAUGCUUCUUCAAUGGCAGUGCGCUGCAUGCGGUUAAUCCCAAUCUAGAGGAGAAGUCUGUAAAAGGUCUUUUCGAAACCACAAUGCCAAAAUAUAUUUUCUUCGAUGGACAGGACUAUGCAAAAGUCGUGCGGGCAACAAAUGAGUUGGAUACGACCUUGUACACCUUAAGUAAUCAUUUGCCGCAGGUACCGUCUGUGAAUGAUCUACUGCAAUCGACUGGCACGGAACAUAAGUUUACUCCUGCUAUAUUGGAGGACGGAACGAAUCAAACUUUGGCUAUUUUAUGCUCAUCGGGUACUACAGGGGUUCCCAAAGCGGUAACCAUCUCCAAUCAUAAGCGGUUUUUCGAUAUGUUACAUUUUUUGAACUCAGAAGACGUACUCUUCGUUUUAAGCACAAUGGAUUGGCUAACGGGCUUGGUGAUGCUCAUCGCAAGCAUUGGCUUUGGCGCCAAGCGUGUUAUUACCGAACGAACUUUCGAUGCGGAAUAUUUUUUAAAGCUAAUACCAAAAUACAAGAUCACAUUUACUGUGAUUGCACCACCGCUAUUAGCUGUAUUACUUAAUAACCCAUCGAUUACCGUUGAAAAGUUAGCCAGUUUGCGAUACCUAAUGUAUGGCGGUGGCAAUUGUUCCAUGCAUAUACAGCAGGGGUUGCAAAAAUAUUUGCGAAACGCUCGAAUGAUCUUCGCUUAUGGUUUAACCGAGUUCGAAGGCUUAAUAACGAUGAAUUGUAAGCUGUUGGAGAAACCUCAAGCUGUGGGGCGUUUACAACCAGGCUACAAAGGCAUAAUUUUAAAUGAAAGUGGUAAACGCUUGAGCCCCGGUGAAGUUGGCGAAAUAUGUUGCCAUCACAGUCGCCAAUGGUUGGGCUAUUACAACAAUAAUAACGCAACAGUGGCGAUAUAUAAAGCGGACGGUUGGUUCCAUACAGGUGAUCUGGGUUUUUUCGAUACGGACGGGUAUUUACAUGUGAUUGAUCGUAAGAAGAAUAUUCUGAAGUACCUUGGUAUGCAGUAUUAUACAAAAGAAAUCGAAGAGGUUAUUGUUCAAAUGCCAAAUGUAACAGAAGUAUGUGUAUUCGGGAUAUCAAUAGACGAAAUAGGCGAUGCUGCAGCGGCCGCUGUAGUUAAAAUACCAGGUAGCUCUUUAAGUGCGCCAGAUGUGAUCAAGUAUGUGAAAGAGCAUGUCAAUGCGACUUACAAGCAUUUACAUGGUGGUGUCAUCAUUGUGGAAGAGCUACCCAAAUUGGGGAACUCCAAGCUAAAUCGUAAAACAAUUAAGGAAAUGUUUCUUUCAUCCCAGAGAAGACAAGGGUUAUAAAAGAUGCCAAACACGUUCGAAAAUAAAUAGAGCUUAGGUAUAAUAAUUGAUGCACCACGACCAUUGUUGCAUAUAUUUAACUAAAAGACAUUGUAUUUUAAAACGAUUUUAGACAAAGACAACUUACAAAAACAAAUUAUAAUAAAAAUAUUAACCUAUAAAAUAUUACCAUUUCUUAAAGCUAGCAUUAUUUUAGAAAUCUUAAGUACAAAACUUAUGUCCUUGCGUUUUAGAUGGCUAACUAAUUCAGUAAAAAAGAAGCAGAACACAAAAACAGAAAAAGGAUUAGACCGAUAAGGUUAAAGACGCCAGUUCGAAGUCCUCCGUGAUCGUGUGUUCGAGUAGUGUGUCAUCGCAAAUCUGCACCAAUUGAUCACUAUCCAAACU